CAUGAGAAGCUUAGUAACACCUCACCUGAGCUGAGCACUCACCAGCUGCAACAAUGGGGCCUGUUGGGUUUCUGCAUGUUUGGUUGCUGAUGUGUUUGAUCACCAAAGGUACCUGUUUGUCAGCAGAUGGAAGGAGAUCCGAUGAUGAUGAGCUCCACAGAAAAAGGGCGUGGUCUUUUGGUGGGAUUUCAGUGAAGACUCUUGGACUUCUGAAGUCAAUGGACUCCAUGUUGGGGAAUGAUGUUAAAAAAGUGUUACUGGAAGCCAAUAAAGUGGAAACUGAGUCAUCAGCUGGACACGUGAGACUUGUGGGGCUUGAAGUUGAAACAAAGCAGCAAAGCAGAGAGAGGAGCUUAGGAACUGAGGACCAGAUGGGCCAGACGGUGAGGGCCAACAGUGCUGGGGCCACCAAUGGGGUGGAGGGAUCCCAGGCCGUGGUCCUGAAAGGGACAGAGGGGGCUGCUGUGAUCAACGGGUCCACGAAUAGGAUGAAUGGAACCUCGGCCAGGUCCCUCAAUGGUACAGGGGUGGCUGGGGUGAUCAAUGAGUCUAUCGACUGGAUGGAGAGAUCCCCGGCCAGGGCCCUGAAUGGUACAGAGGGGGCCAGGUCCCUGAAUGGAACUGGGUUGACUUGGGUGAUCAACGGAUCCAUUGACUGGAUGGAGGGAUCCCCAGCCAGGACCCUGAAUGGGACGAAAGGAGAUGGGGCCUAUGCUAAGGCCACUAACGGGACAAAGGGAGCCCCAGCCGCCUCCCUGCAUUGGAAGGAAAUAUCCCAGGCCGUGGCUGCAAACAGGAUGGAGGGAGCUGUGGCUGUCGGCACCCAAGGAUGA